UCCUAGUCUUCAAGAACUCUUCGUACUUACUCGCUGCGGGAUUUUAAAUUGAGAAAUAUACUUUUGAUUUUUUAAAAUGGAAAUUUCAGAAUUACAUUUUAUAAUAAAAAAAAGUGCAAGAAUACUAAUUAAUUAAAAGUUAUUUUUUGUUGUUUUCUUUUUUUUUUAUUAUUAUUCUUACUAUGAUUGACAAGUUUUUCAAAAAUUCAUUUUAUACGCGAAAACUUGGUAUUUUCGAUUUAAUUUGGUUUACAACAAUUUUUCAUUUUUACACAUUUUCUUUAAUUAAUUCACAUGAAUUAAUUGACAACGAAUUAAUUAACGAAAACUCAUCGAAAUUAUUAUCUAGACAAAAAAGAUAUCUGAUAUUUCCUCAAGGAAGUAACGUUCAGUUGGUUUAUUGUUUGACAAUUGGAGCUUAUGGCAGAGAAGGUGACUUGGUUUUGGGAAUGACAGCAGCGUUGGCGUGGGAAUUACCAAACAAAAUUGAUAAAAAAUUUAAAAAAGUACUACAUCGAAAAAGUAGGAGCGUAAUAUUUCCAAAAAUUGAAGCAUUUUUACAAUCUACAGGUCUUGAUGGGAAAUCCUGCGUAAUGAGGGCCCUUUGUGAGGCAGGCCAAAGGAGCGAAUCGGAAAUUGGAAAAGGUACUUUCGUUCAAGAACUUUUGCACGCCAUUUUCACUUUACCAAACGACGGCACCGCCUUCGAAUCGAUAGAGAACAAACUUUACGACUACGCGUAUCAAACCAAACAGGACUGCACAACUUUGUAUCCAAACUGUCAAUACUCCAUUUACAAUAUUCUCUUUUAACUACAAAAUUAAAAUAUUGCUAAUUUUAUAUAUUGCAAAAUUUUUAUUUUAUUCUUUCUCUCUCUUUAAUAAAAUUAGAGAAAUUUUUUUUUAUAUUUUUAAAAUUCACAAUUCACGUGAAAAUAU